CUUCGCAACCAUCUCACCUAACAGCACCCCUCAAGAUAUGGCUUCAAAAAGAGCAUUGGUGAUUCUAGCAAAGGGGGCAGAGGAAAUGGAAACUGUAAUCCCCACUGAUGUCAUGAGAAGAGCUGGGAUCAAAGUGACUGUUGCAGGCCUAACAGGAAAAGAACCAGUGCAGUGCAGUCGAGAUGUCUUCAUUUGUCCUGAUGCCAGUCUCGAAGAUGCCAGAAAAGAGGGGCCUUACGAUGUCGUGGUCCUGCCUGGGGGUAACCUUGGAGCUCAAAACUUGUCAGAGUCUCCUGCUGUGAAAGACAUCUUGAAGGACCAGGAAAGCAGAAAAGGCCUGAUUGCUGCCAUAUGUGCAG